CUUUUAUAUAUUCCCGUUAUAUAUCUUUUUGUAAAUCCCCACUUUUUUAAUUAAUAGACUUGAUAGUUGAGGCCGAAGAUCAAAUUAUAGCCAGCUGGGUCGUCUGGUCGGUGAGGCAGUUGCUGUAGGAGGCUGGCUGAGCUCUCUUUCUACUGCUACCCUUCUUUCUCCUUUAAGCAAAUUCCUCGGCCUCCUUUCCCUUCACAAUUCCUUCAUCUUCUCAUACUUCGAUUUCUCUGAUUUUAGCUAUUGGGUUUCUCUUCUUGCUUUGGAUCUGUCUUGGUUCUACUUUGUUUUUGUGAUGGAGAUCUGGUUUAACUUGAAAUUUUCACUAUUCAUCAUCUUCCACGCGCCGCCUUUUCAUCAUUUCGUCCCACCCCAUUUCUCACUCAGCUCACUCUUUCUUUUAAGGAGAACCCCCCGAAAAACACCUUUUAGAGAUCCUUUAAUUCAGUUCUUUAUACCGACUUUUUUUGUCAGUUUUUUUUUUUCUUUUCAUUUUCCAAUCGUUUUGGUUUUAUAUGGUCUUUUUUUUUUUUAUCAUUUUUUAUGAAUAAAGGUUGCAUAUUGAGUGGCAUUAACUAUCUCAUCUCAAUCUUUUACUUGAUGCUCAUUCUUUUGUACUAAGUAUCAUCCAAUCGAGCUUUGCAUUGCUUUCUAAUUGAUUCUUUUUAUUUAUUGGGCAUAGGGCUUAACCCCUAUUUGCUCAUUGUGAUUUCUCCAUUUGACGCAAAAAAUAUUAACUGUUGCGCUUGGUGGAGUUAGAGGGGAAGCUAUGUUGAACUUCAAAUGGAGAGAUGGUGCUUUUUGUAGUAAUUGCUGAACAAUGGAUAUGUGAGAUUCAAUGCAUAUUCGAAAUUCUUCCUCUACUCUAAUGGCCUCAAAAUCUGGUGCCAAAAUUUCUCCUAAACAGCAAUGGAAGACAGGUAUUGUCCAAAAAGCAGAAGCUGAUGAGCCAAAGCCUUUGCUCUCAAAGGUUUCCAAGACAAACAAAUCUGAGCUGGUUACUCCUGAAUGCUUACUCAAAUUGGUAGAAACUGUGCCUAAGCAAGUUGUGGCGGAGGUUUCUAAAAGUAAAAGGUUACCAAUUUUAGAUCAAAAUGGUUCUGUUGAAUCUUUAACUAAUAAGUUUGAAUCAAGCUCAUUUUCAGCAUGUGUUGAGCAAGCAUCAACUGAAGUAGAUUCCUCCAUUAAUGAGACUAGAGAUUCACCUGUAGUUUCUGUUGAUCAAGAAAAGAAAACAUCAGAAUAUGGAAGUGUUAAAAACAGCUCAGUAUCUGCCAAAGUUAGUGAUGGGACCAGUAGUCUUGCAAAGACUAGUGGAAGUGCCAAGAUUAGUGACCGUCUUGAUUAUGUUGAGAGUGGCAAGAGCAGCAUGUGCAGAGGCAGCACAAGCAGUGAUGUGAGUGAUGAAAGCACAUGCAGCAGCUUUAAUAGCAGUAUCAGUAAGCCUCACAAAGUGAAUGACUUGAGAUGGGAAGCUAUCCAGGCUGUCAGGGCUAGAGAUGCGAUUCUAGGUUUAAGCCACUUUAGACUGCUAAAGAGGUUGGGUUGUGGGGACAUUGGGAGUGUCUAUCUGUCAGAGUUGAGUGGAACUAAGUGUUAUUUUGCAAUGAAGGUUAUGGACAAAGCGUCUUUAGCAAGUCGUAAAAAGCUGCUUCGAGCUCAAACAGAAAGAGAGAUCCUGCAAUCCCUUGACCAUCCAUUCCUUCCUACGCUUUACACACACUUUGAGACGGAGAAGUUCUCCUGUUUGGUAAUGGAGUUCUGCCCUGGAGGAGAUUUGCACACCCUUAGGCAGAGGCAGCCAGGGAAACAUUUUCCAGAGCAGGCAGUAAAAUUUUAUGUAGCAGAGGUCUUGCUAGCAUUGGAGUAUCUUCACAUGCUUGGGGUCAUCUAUCGUGACCUUAAGCCAGAAAAUGUUCUUGUUAGGGAAGAUGGUCAUAUAAUGCUCUCUGACUUUGAUCUUUCCCUUCGUUGUGCUGUCAGCCCAACUCUUGUGAAGACUAUCUCUCUUGAAUCAGAGCCAUUAAGGAAGACUGUUUUCUGUGUCCAGCCUGCUUGUAUUGAACCUUCCUUCAUUCAACCAUCUUGCAUUGGUCCAACAACUUGCUUUUCUCCCCGUCUCUUUUCUAGCAAGUCCAAAAAAGACCACAAGCAAAAAAAUGAAAUUGGAAACCAAGUUAGCCCAUUACCUGAGCUAAUAGCAGAGCCAACUGAUGCCCGAUCAAUGUCAUUUGUUGGGACCCAUGAGUACUUGGCACCGGAGAUCAUUAAGGGUGAGGGUCAUGGAAGUGCUGUCGAUUGGUGGACUUUUGGAAUCUUCCUUUAUGAACUCUUGUUUGGUAAAACUCCUUUUAAGGGAUCUGGGAACCGGGCAACGUUGUUCAAUGUUGUAGGACAGCCUCUUCGAUUUCCAGAAUCACCUGUUGUAAGUUUUGCAGCAAGGGAUCUCAUAAGGGGCCUGCUUGUAAAGGAACCACAACAUAGAUUGGCUUAUAAACGAGGAGCGACUGAGAUUAAGCAACAUCCAUUCUUUGAAGGUGUGAAUUGGGCAUUGAUUCGUUGUGCUACCCCUCCUGAGAUUCCAAAGCCGGUUGAGCUUGAACGAAUACCAGUUCCACCGGCAUCAACAAGUGAAAAGGCUGCUGCCAAUGGAAGUGCUAAUGAUCAGAAAGGUUCAGUCAAUUAUCUGGAGUUUGAUUUCUUUUAGCAAUGGUUGCUAUUAAUUACGAUAUGCAAUUUGUUUGUUUUUAGGGGGAAGAAUUAUUCUGAACAUCUCAGGGGUUGGUGGUGAUGAGGAUAGAGUUUUCAUGUUGAUGGAUAAGAGUAGAAAAUGAAUGUGCUGCUAUUUAACAAUUUUAAAUAUAUGUAUUUUCUGAUUAUUUCAUGGACUCCC